AGGAGAAGGAGGGGGAGGGAGAACUGACGUAAGCGGGGGAGUAUUAUGGUCUGUCGUGCGCUGGCUGCUGCUUUUCUGCUGCUGGAAGCGGCCAAGGGGGUAAGCGACGAGUCAACAUGGAGCUUUCUGCGGUCGGGGAGCGGGUGUUUGCGGCCGAAGCCCUCUUGAAGCGACGCAUCAGAAAAGGACGAAUGGAAUACCUCGUGAAAUGGAAGGGCUGGUCUCAGAAGUAUAGCACCUGGGAACCCGAAGAAAACAUACUAGAUGCCCGACUUCUCGCAGCCUUUGAGGAAAGGGAACGAGAGAUGGAGCUGUAUGGCCCCAAAAAGAGAGGUCCCAAGCCCAAAACCUUCCUCCUCAAGGCACAGGCCAAGGCUAAAGCGAAAACCUACGAGUUCCGGAGCGACUCAGCUCGGGGCAUCAGGGUCCCCUACCCAGGACGAUCUCCCCAGGAACUUGGCUCCACUUCUCGAGCUCGGGAGGGACUUCGAAACAUUGGCCUUUCCCCACCUGGGAGCAGUAGCAGCACCAGUACCAGUAGCACCUGUCGAGGGGACUCAGCUCGGGAACGAGAACGGGACCGGGACCGGGACCGGGGGACUGGGAGACCGGACGACAAACCUAGCUCCCCAGGGGAUAGCUCUAAGAAACGAGGCCCCAAACCCCGGAAGGACCUUCGGGACCCUUCCCAGCGGACCUCAGGGGAGCCAGGGGACAGUCUUGGGGACUACCUCAAAGGGAGGAAGAUGGAGGAUGCCCCGUCUGGGGCAGGCAAGUUCACAGCUGGGCACAGUGUAAUCCAGCUGGCCCGAAGGCAAGACACAGACCUAGCCUGUACCAUGGCUAGUCCCAGCGGAGGUGAGGCCGGGGGCAAACUGGCUGUGGACACCUACCCACCCCGAGUCAUAAAGCACAGGGCAGAUUUUCUGGAGGCCAAAGGCCAGAGUGGCUUGGACUCUGGAGGCCCUCGAGUCCGACAUGGCUCCGGCAACCCAGGUUCAGUUGGGAGCUUAUAUCGGGACAUGGGGGCCCAAGGGGGUAGGCCCUCCUUGAUUGCCAGGAUCCCUGUAGCCAGAAUCCUUGGGGACCCUGAGGAGGAAUCCUGGAGCCCAUCCUUAACCAACCUGGAGAAAGUGGUGGUCACAGAUGUGACCUCAAACUUUUUGACCGUCACCAUUAAGGAAAGCAACACGGACCAAGGUUUUUUUAAGGAGAAAAGAUGAAUUUCUGGAGGCCAGCCAGAGAGAAAGCAGGAGGGAGUGAGAGACAGAGAGAGAAAGGAAAUUUGGCAGAGUACUUUUUAUUUCUGGAUGGGAUCUAGCCAAAGCAUUGAUCCUUUCCUUUCACACCCCUCCUCUUCCUUCCCCAAUCCAUCCCCAAUAUUGGUUGGAAAGAUUAUCUCUAGAGUUAUAUUUUCUAUUAGAUGUAAAUAUGUUAUUUAAGAAAAUAUCUAAAUAUAUAUAUAUUUCAACUCUUGAAGUUGUUUUAUUUAAAACAAGAGACUCAAAUGUGGAUUAGUUACCACCCAGAAUGGAAUGCCACCCUGAAGACUUACUGAGCUCCAGGCAGGAGGAAACCAACAUACAGACUAAAUGAUGGUUAUACCCAAUUCUGUCCUUUUGACCUUUUUGAUUUGUGAUGUUCUGAUGCUUUGGAGUCACUGUGGACACUGAAAAGGCUGGGAGUUUGGGAGGGAGGGAAAAACCUUGUAAGUAUGUGUACAGAAGUAUUCCUGUAAAGCUGAGGGCUCCUUCCCUAAGACUUGGAUUGUGACUAGAGGUGUUGCUAAUGACAUAAUCCAGGUAGUGUGGCCAGGCUAUCUUCUCAGACAACUAGGUGUGAAGAAGCUAUAUUGAAACCACAGCAAAGCACUUCCCUCUCCCCUUCUUCCACUGACCGGCUAUGGUCAUGGAAGAGCUUUUUCUUCCCCUAAAAAAAACCCAAAACAAUUAGUCUUUAAAAGAAAAGGAUUAAACAUCUAUUAGAGUGAAAAGUAAUAACUUGAAUUACCUUUUUUUUUCCUCCUGCUGAUGAAGGUGAGCUUGGGGAGCAGGGGACAUGUCCAAGGAACAACACUAGAAAUGCACUUUAUAGGAGAUAAAGCAUAUAUGAUGCUCUGUGUGUAUACACUCGCAAAUAUAUAUUAUAUAUACACACACAGUAUGUAUGUAUAAUCUCUCUUUCCCUUGGUUCCUUUCCUUACUCCGUAAAACAACAAACAUAAUGUGUUUACAUUCCCGAAAUGCCAGGAUAAAUUGGGAGAAUUGCCUGUCACUACCCAAGAGUGCGGGACCAUCACUCUUUUGGAAGAAAAGUGUUUUGGGUUUAAACUCCCCCACCCCCUUCUCCGAAUUUAUCCUUGGAGAGAGAGGAGGACCCAACUCCCAGGAAAAGUAUUAUGUCUUUCUUCUCUUUAGGGAUGCGGAAUCGCCCCCGCCCCCCAUUCCCCUCCGGCUUUCAGAGAGAAGUUGCUCUCACCCCACCCCCACCCCCGGCUGAGGCUCCCAUUGCUCGCUCAGCUGGAGCGGGGUGGGGGCGGGGCUGGACGGUGGUGGGGGCGGUUGGGGAGGCUUCGCUUGUUCCGCGCCUCACCUUGCUCUGAACCUCGGGAUGGAACCCCUGCGUUUCGUCUGGACUCAGAGCUGGGGGAGAUUGUAUCUUCGAGGCUCAGACAGGAGGAGGGGAAGAAGGAGAAAUGUAGUGUUUCUAUCCAAGAAUGUGCACCAGAACUUUUACUGUUUUUUUUUCUUAAAAGCAAAAGCUAUAAUUUAUAGGCUUUUUCGAUUCGUGGAGUGUUCUCUAUUUGAACUCUGUAUUCAAACUCGGCCAAGGGGAGGGGGGGAGGGGAGGAGAAGCGGGGUUGAUUUGGAGAACUGCUAGAGAGACGGAGGAGGGAAAUGUGUAUAUACAUACAUACUUACAUGUGUAUGUAUACAUGUAUAAGUAUGUAUCUAUAUCUGCAUGCACGCAUAUAUGCAUAUGUGUGUACAUAUGGGAGUAUACGUGUCUAUAUAUAUAUCUCAAUAUAGGCAUAUUUCAGAACUAACUGCGGCUCAGAGUCUUUAGAUAUUCGGUCAUCUCUGUUGGUUUAAAAGCACAAACCUGUCCCACAAUCAGUGAAACAGCGAAUACCGACCCCAACCUCUCGUUCCCUUCCGGUCUGUGUCCUGUGCUUCCAGGACCAGCGAAGCCCAGAAAUUGAGGGCUUUUUCUUUGGGGAACUUGGGGGCCCGGGCCGGGGUUGCGUGCCAGACCGAAGCACAGAUUCAGGACUAGCCUGAAGUCAGAGAGGCUGGGAUGGGGCGGAGAGUGGGGGAUGGCUCCUGAGAUGGGGCGAGUGCGGAGAUCCUCUCUAGUCUCUUCCUCUUCCAUCACUUGACCCCCUCCCCGUCCCCCACCUCUAGGCUCUCCUCUCUCCUCUAGACUUUCCGACCCUUGAAGGACAAAAGGGAAGACAAAAGUAAUAGAUGCAGUUUUGUUGUUUCGAGUUGAAAAUUGCAAAUUGCGCCUGUACAGAGGAGCCCCCCGAAUGGGCUUUUUUACCUGAUCAUAUUUGUAAAAUUGGUCUUUGAAACUUAGUUUGUAUAAAGAACCGAAGUGAGCAAGUGUAUCUUCUUAAAUGUCGAUGCUAUUUUUAGCUGAAACAAAACAAGGGACAUGUAUGUUACCAUGUGUAUGAUAACUCGGAGAUGCGUUGAGGUUAUCUGAUUGCCCCUUCCUCUUCUUCCCUUUCCCUUUUCCCCAUCCCUUUUUCUUUUCCUCUUCCCUUUCCCCUUUCACUUCCUCCCUUCCUCCCUUCCUCAGAGCCCGAGUUUCUCAUUCCCUGUACCCUUCAUCACGCAAACCGGGUUCAGACAUACCAGUGAUUCAAGCCCUUCUGUCAGGCGUCUGUGUGUGCGUGUGUAUGUGUGUCCAGUUCACACCGCUGUACUGCGAUCCAGAUCAGGGG